AUGUAUGAGGAGGAUGAAAAGGAUAAAGAGGAUGAGGAGGAUUGCAUUGCUGUUGAUGAGGAGGACGAGGGUGAUGAAGGUACUGUUCAUGAGCCUAUACAUGUAGAGGAAGCUGGUGAUGAAGGCAUUAUUCCUGAGGGUACAAAUGUAGCUGAGGAUAGGCAUGAAGGAACUGUUCCUGAGGGUAUAACUGUGGAUGAGGAAGAUGAUGAAGGAACUGUUCCAGAUGGUAUAAAUGUGGAGGAUGAGACUAUAUAUGAAGAGGGAGAGAAUGACAAAAGGGCUGAAAAUGAUUGUGAAGACAGUGAAGACCAUGAAUUUUAUGAUAGUGCUUAUGACCAAAGUGAAGAUGAACAAUGCUUGCUGGAGAAGGAUGAUAGAGCAUUUGACAACUAUGUUGACCACAAUGCUCCAGAUUUUGAUCCAGCUGCAGAUGAAGGAGAGAAAUCAGAAGAUAUGGUUGUAAGUGAUGUUAAUAGCUUGGAUAGUAGCUCAUGUGAUGAAGGUGCAUUGCCUAUGAGAAAAAGGAAGAGGAAACUGCCCAAGUUUGAAGAUUUUAGGCCUGAAACAGGUUUGAAUAACCCAAUCUUUAAGCUUGGUCUAAGAUUUUCAAGUGUCUAUGUUUUUAGGAAAGCAGUGAGAAACUACUCAGUGUUCAACAGAAGGAAGAUUAAGUUCCCCAAGAAUGAUAAAGAUAAAGUUAGAGCAGUUUGUGAUGGGAUCAAGAAUGGAAAAUGUCCAUGGUUUGUUUAUGCUUCAGCUGUAAAUGGAAGUAGCAUGGUUCAAAUUAAGAGUUAUGAAGAUAAGCACACCUGUGGGACUGUUGAACGCAAUGUGCAUGCUAACUCAUCAUGGUUAGCAGAGAGAUAUGCUACACAGUUGUCUAGAAUAAUAAAUUGGGAUGUAAGAGCUUUUAAGGAAAGGGUGAAUGAAGAUCUAUCUACAAAGAAAGGAUUUAUUGAUGCUUUGAGGCCAGUUAUUGGUUUGGAUACUUUUCACAUCAAAAGGCAACACCCUGGCCAAUUACUAUAUGCUGUUGGUGUUGAUCCUAACAACGGCAUGUAUCCAAUAGCUUAUGCAGUGGUAGAGGUUGAGAAUUGUGCAACUUGGACUUGGUUUUUGGAACUCUUAGCUGUUGAUCUUGGCGUUGAAAAUAGCAAUGGCUAUGUGUUCAUUACAUAUAGACAAAAGGGCUUAAUUGAUGCAGUGGGUGACAUGUUUCCAAACUCUGAGCAUAGGCAUUGCCUUAAACAUCUGCAUGCCAAUUUUAUACUUGCUGGCCAUAAAGGAUAG